UUUCUAAGAAUGUCCUGACAGUAGCAACCUCUGAGAUAGUUUACACUGUUAAUGAUUGAGCAUAAUUUAACUGGAGAAGAAAUCUCGAUGAGCGUUUCUUCUCCCAUUUUUUCAUAUGACGUAGUCUGGAUAGGAUCGUUUGAGAAAGAUAAUCAACUUAAGAUCAAAUACUCGAUAAUCCCCAAAAUGUUAGGAGGAAAUGGAGAGACCUUGCAAGUUACAUUAGAAGACUUUAAUGCUUUCACUUCUCAAGAUAAGAUAUCAAUGCCAAAAGGGGUGCAAUAUAAAUAUAAGUUUGGAGAAAUUCCUACCUCAGCUACAACAAAAGCAGCAGGUUCUGGUGCUACAAUCACAUUUUUCCUAACUUUUGUGCUUUCUAUUGGUGUGAGUGUGCUGACAGGAUCUUCAAUGGAGUUAAUGUGGAGCUUAACAAAUACCUUACAGAUAGUAUUUAUCCUAGGACUUUUGAGGUUGCAUUAUCCUUCAAAUCUCAAAGCAGUGUAUUCUUACAUAAAAUAUUCAAAAUUUGAUAAUCCAAUAACCAAUCAACUCUCAGAGAUAUCACUAAGUAGUUUUAGCUUUGUAUUGUCACCCAUUAAUGGAGACUUUGAAUACCUGGGAUUUGGCUCAUCUAAUAUUAUAGUCAACUCACUUGACAAGAUAUUCCUAAUAUUUCUUCUAGGAUUGGUCAUCAUCCUGGUCUACUGACUCUUUCUGUGCCUCAAGAAUAAGAAGAACUGUAUCGCUAAAAAGAUCACUAAGGUUGAUAAGCCAUUACGAUAUGAGUCAUCAACAAGAUUCAUAGUUGAAAUUUCGAUGAAUUUGACAAUUUCUAUUAUGAUUAAUGUGUUUUAUGGAUCAAAAGAUGGACUUUUUGAAACUCUUUCCCUAAUAUUUGCAAUUCUGCUCUUCUGCUUGCUCAUAUUUGUCUUUUUGUAUGCAACCAUUUGGCCAAUAAUGCAUCUUGAGAAGCUUCAAAUUUACCCAGAUCAUUGUGAGAGACAUUGCUUUUUGUUCUUGGGGUUAAAGACUCAACAUAUAAAGUGUGUUCUGUUCUACUCUUAUUUCACCCUCAGAAGAAUUCUAAUUGCUGUAGUUGUGAUCGGUAUGCAAAACUUUGUGCGCGUCCAAUUAAUCUGUCUGACGUUACUGUUCUUCUGGAUUGCUAAAUACCAAGUCACGUACGAGUCAUUUAAGUCACAAGCAAGUAACUUUCUCAACAGUGUGAAUGAGGUAUUUCUGGUAAUUUUCUGAAUUGCCCUACUCAACUUCAUGAGCCCAAAUGAUGCAAAAAAACUUGAGCUCUUUGGAUUCGUCUGCAUUGGCAUGAUUGCUAUUCUCUUUAUAAUUAACUGGGGUCUGAUACUUCCUCUGAAAAUCAUCAGCUCACUCAGAAAUUGUAUGAAAAAGUGAAGGAAGAAGACACCUGAAGAGAAAGAAAGAGAGAGAAUGAAGAAAGUCUUGAAAUCUAUAGCUGAGGGGAGAAGGCAUAGUUCCAAUAAUAUAGUCAGCACAUUACAUCCAAAUCCUAAUCCUCAGACUUCUGAUAAUACAUUCCAGAGUCAGCUCAGAGAUGUAAGGGUUUACAAAUUACCAAGAAGAGCUAAUAAGUAA